AUGAUUAAAAAUAAAUGUCCUUUACUUACUUCUCUCUCACAAGAAAUACUGGAAAAGACUCGUCUAAACGGUGUACGAAAGACCGUUUAUUCCGUCAAUGGUGACAGCUACACUGGAGAGUGGAAAGACAACAAGAAACAUGGUCGCGGCAUUCAAAAAUGGAAGUCUACACAGCUCAUCUAUGAGGGUAAUUGGGAAGCUGGAAAGCGAUGCGGACCAGGGGUUUUAGCCGUAGUGGGAAAAAAUGGUCGUCACACAAAAAUAUACUCUGGAAUGUGGAAAAAUAACAAGCGCCAUGGCUAUGGUGAAAACUGGUACAGCUGUAAUGAGUUCUACGAGGGAGAGUGGUGCAAAAAUAAGAGGAGUGGGUGGGGACGCUACUACUACAAAGACGGCUCCAUGUACGAGGGCGAAUGGUUGCACGAUAAACGUUGGGCAAAUGAAAACAGGUAUGAAGGCGGUUGGAUUAAUGACAUGAAAAAUGGCAAAGGAAAGUACAUAUUCCACCGGACCAAUCAGGUUAUGGAGGGAAUAUGGAUUGACGACGUUGCAAAGCAAACCAUCUUUACCGAUCUGGGACCCAGGAUGGAGGUAACAGAAACGACGUACCCCAUUCCUAAUAUCGAAUUACGAGCAUUGGAUGCAGUUUGGCGCGACACGGCUGAAGAAAACAUGAGAAUAUUGCGAGAGAAGUAUCCACAAGACUUUAAGUAA